AUGCUUGGAGGGGACAUAUCUGUUCCUGUGCCCAGAAAAAAUGAAGAUAUUAAAAAAUCCUUAAAGAUUGGCGAAUUUACAAGGGAAGUUGAAGAGAAGUGCACCCCUAGGCAAAUGAAAGAACUUCUCAUGAAAUAUGAGAGAACUAAACACUUCAUGAUCUGGGCAGACAAUUCCACAAUAAUGAACCAUGGACACAUUAUCUACCUUGUCCAGUGCCUGUAUGAUCCAGCCUUCUUCUUCACACCUGAAGAAAUGAAGGCCAGAUGGCAUGAAAAUGUUGUUGUACCAUCUAUCAUUGACAGACCACAUCUUUAUAUUCUGGGCAGAUGUGGCUCUAAAGAAAUUGAGCAGCUAGCAUAUGUGGACACAAGACAAGAAUACCUAGAUCAACUUCCCCACCAUGUAGAAACAAGCAAAGGGGAGAAAGUAAAUGAUGUUGUGAGAUUUUUCCAUGGAGAUGGGCCUGAACAACAGUUUGAAAGUGGAGAACAAAGGGGAGGAAAUGCUGGUUGUACUGCUUGUAGUGGAGAUGUAAGAAGGUAUCGUGAUCUGACAUACAGCUUUCGUUGUCCAUUACUGUCACCAGCUGAUCGUGAACGUAUAGUGCUGGCAGGUCGUGCAGGAAGGUAA